AUGAAAGAGUGCUUGAUCAAGCUCCCUACUUUAACCGCGCCAUUCGAGAAUGAACCAUUCAUUUUGUACUUGUCAUCUUCAGACAAGGCAAUUGGGUCGGUAUUAUUGGUAGAAAGGGAUGGAGUCCAAACUCUGAUCUACUAUGUUAGUAGGGUGCUCACCGAUCCGAAAACAGGCUAUUCAACUAUGGAGAACUUAGUGCUCGCGCUACUACACGCCUCCAGGAGGUUACGCAGGUAUUUCACUGGGCAUAUCAUCACUGUACUCACUAACUUCCAUAUUAGCACCAUCUUGCAAAAACCAGAGAAAUCAAGCCGUUUGGCGAAGUGGGUAAUUGAACUGGGAGGCCACAACAUUCUGUAUAGGUCGCGCCCAGCUAUCAAAGUCCAAGUAUUAGCAGACUUCAUCACUGAAGUCCCAGAAGACAAGAUCAAGGAAUGUGAAGCAGUAGAUACUCCCAUCAAAGAUACAUUGGAUGAAUUAUGGUUGUUAUUCAUCGAUGGAGCCUCAAAUGAAAACGGCGCAGGAGCUGGUUUGCGCCUCGUCAGUCCAGAAAAGCAUGAGUUCACCAAUGGCAUCAAGUUGGAUUUCAAAAAUACCAACAAUGAGGCAGAAUAUGAAGCAUUUUUGGCAGGCUUGCGCCUGGCCAUCAAGAUGGGGGCACAGAAUUUAAAAGUGCAUGUCAACUCUCUCCUGAUCGCGAGUCAAAUCAAUGGUUUGUAUGAUGCAAAGGGUGAGGUCAUGGCUUUAUACUUAGAACAAGCAAAAGAGCUACUCCAAAAGUUCAAAUCAUACAAGGUUGUUCAUAUCAACCGAUCAGAAAACAAGCCAGCUAACGCGCUAAGCAAGCUUACUUCAACAGCAUUCCAACACCUCGCCAAAGAUGUGAAUGUCAUAGAGAUAGGGCCACCUUCUUGGAUGACCCCUAUCAUUCAAUAUCUUCAAGAGGGGAUCCUCCCAGAAAACAAGGCGGAAGCUAGAAAAAUACAGAACAAGGCGCUGUUUUACGAGAUGAACGGGGGCAUUCUUUACCGGAGAUCUUUUUUGGGACCACUACUACAGUGUGUAGACCCCCAAGAUGCAAGCUAUCUGAUAAGAGAAAUUCAUGAAGGCAUCUGUGGAAUACAUGCGGGCCCGCGCAUGGUUGUUGCAAAGAUAAUGAAUGCAGGUUAUUAUUGGCCAGGGAUGCACGUUGACGCAUUACAUGAGUUACGCAAAUGUGAUGUCUGCCAAAGGCACGCGUCAAAGACCCUGCACCCAAAGAAUGAUCUGAUUCCAGUAUCCACAGCUUGGCCCUUCCAACAGUGGGGGAUUGGCAUGGUGGGACCAUUCCCUGAAGCCCCAGGCGCUGUAAAGUUCAUAAUUGUUGUUGUUGAUUACUUCACUAAGUGGGUGGAGGCAAAGGCCCUUUCUUUAACCUCCGCAAUGAUGGUGCGAAAAUUUAUCUGGGAGCACAUCAUUUGCAGAUUUGGCCUCCCACUCAAGAUCGUGACUGAUAAUGGCACCAAUUUCACCUCUGAAGACCUUCAAAAAUGGAUGAAAGAGCUGAACAUUGAGCACACUUUCUCUUCCGUUGCGCACCCUUAG